CUGACAUGGGGAAACUGCUCAGUCUCACGCUCAUCGGGCUCAUCCUGGCCUUUCUAGGAGAACGGAUCAUACAAUUAACUCAACGGUUCAACUUCUUCAGAGAGAUAGAGAAUAUAGACCUUCCUAACUGCCAGUACUUGAAAGGAAUAGAGUUUGGGUCUGAAGAUAUAGAUGUUCUUCCUAAUGGACUGGCCUUUAUCAGCUCAGGUGUGAAAUUCCCUGGCUUAGUAAGCUUUGCCCCUGACAAACCUGGAGAAAUAUUUCUGAUAGAUCUGAAUGAUGAAAACCUUCAACCGUCUCCACUACGUAUCAGCAGAGGGUUCGACGUUUCUUCAUUUAACCCUCAUGGACUCAGCACGUACAUUGAUGAGAAGGACGACACGAUCUAUCUCUUUGUGGUGAAUCAUCCUCAGUAUAAAACCACCAUUGAGAUAUUUAAAUUUGCGGAGGAGGAAAAUGUUCUUGUGCACCGGAAAACGAUUAAGCACGCUCUUCUGCACAGUGUCAAUGAUAUUGUCGCUGUUGGACCUGAGGCCUUUUAUGCUACUAAUGAUUGUUACUUCACGGAUUUCACCAUGAAACGAGUGGAAAUGUUCUUUGGACCAACGUGGUCAAACGUGGUGUAUUACAGUCCUGGCGAUGUCAGAGAAGUGGCAUCAGGGUUUCACAGAGCCAACGGAAUUGCCAUAUCCAACGAUAAGAAGUUCAUCUAUGUUGCUGAUCUCAUCGGUCAUACAAUUAAUGUCUUUGAAAAACAUGCGGACUGGUCUCUGUCUCCAGUAAAGGUGGUGCAGUUGGAUACGCUUGUGGAUAACCUGUCGGUGGACCCAGUUACAGGAGAUGUUUGGGCAGGAGCUCACCCAAAUGUAUAUAAAGUGUACUUUUACAAUGCUGAAGAUGCCCCCGGAUCAGAGGUUGUCCGCGUACAGAACAUUCACUCUGAUAACCCUAUAGUGACCACAGUCUAUGCCAACAAUGGCUCCGUACUCCAGGCAUCCUCAUGUGCGACUGUGUAUGAGGGGAAACUUGUGGUGGGCACAGUAUUCCACAGAGCUCUGUACUGUGAUCUGCACUAAUGUCACCCAUUGCCGGACACUGCCCUAAGUUCUAAUGGAAGCUAAUUCUUUCUCAGUGACUGGUUUGUGCUUUAGCUAGUAACUGAGUGAGAACCACAGUUCCUGUCUAGGCUUACCACCGAGCCUAUUCUGGACAUUCCAAGCGGGUGUCGGUGCCUUGUAACACCCGCCAUUCAGACAGAUCAGGCAGAAUUACCUUUUGUUUUGUAUUUAAUUUUCAAUUUGAGUUUUUCUUAUGUAAAAGUACAUUAUUUUUCAUUGAUAGGGGUUUCCCUACUUUUCACCUUUUCUAGAGCUGCCAUAAGUCACAACGAGCAGUAUACCUGCCAACUGUCCAGAUUUUCGUGGGACAGUCCCAUUUUUUGUCCCACCCACGGGCCACAGUGUCCCGCGUUGGGUGGGGCCAGUUGGGAGGCUCAGAGCAGUCACUGAUCUGCCUAGCAGAGCAGCAGUGAAUAGACGCUGUGCGCACGGGAGACAGAGGGGCUGGGGGCAUGCCAGCACCUCACAGAGUGUUGGGCAUACCCCCAUAGUGAUGAAAGUGGGAGGCGUGGCUUGCAAAUGCUAUUGAAGCCACACACCCUUUCCCCGAGGUUACACUCCCUUUUUGGGUGCAGCACUGCCGCACAGAAGUCCCGAGUCCCACUACGCCAAUGUUGGGAGGUAUGCAGCAGCUUUUACAUGCUGUGUAACCUUGUUCAUGGCUUAUUCAAUCUGCACCUUAACAUGUACUGUAUACCUACAUCAGUGUUUAGUGUGAGUUAUAUGAGAAAUGACUUCUGUGCUUGUACUGUUUACUUUAUUAUUUUUUUAGGUGUUCUUUAAAUGUCAUUUAAAUAUACUAUUUACAGCGUAAGUAGGUUAAGCAUGUCCCAGCAUCCAGUGGUGCAAAUAGAAAAAAACUUUUAGUGGUACUGUGUGCGCGUGCCAAAAAUUGGGUGUGGCCACAUGGUGCGUGGCCAAUGAGAAUGGGGGCGUGAUACACAUGACCCCAAUAGUGCAGUGCCAGAUACACAUAUGCCCUCACGAUGCCAUAUACACAUAUGCCCUCACGGUACCAGAUACACUUUUGCCCUCACGGUGCUAGAUACACCUAUGCCCCCACGGUGCCAGAUAUGCCCAUACAGUGCCAAAUACACAUGCCCUCACAGUGCCAGAUACACCUAUGCCCCCACGGUGCCAGAUAUGCCCCCACAGUGCCAAAUACGCAUGCCCCCCAGUGCCAAAUACACAUGCCCCCACAGUGCCAGAUAUGCCCCCAUGGUGCCACAUUCCCCCACAGUGCCAGAUAUGCCCCCGCAGUGCCAAAUACACAUGCUCCCACAGUGCCAGAUAUGCCCCCACAUUGCCAAAUACACAUGUCCCCACAGUGCCAGACAUGCCCCCACAGUGCCAGACAUGCCCCCACAUUACCAAAUAAACAUGCCCCCACAGUGCCAGAUAUGCCCCCAUGUUGCCAAAUACACAUGCCCCCACAGUGCCAGAUAUGCCCCCACAGUGCCAGAUAUGCCCCAAGCAGAGCAACUCACCAUUUUUGCUGCUGCUAUCUGGGGCAGGCUGUGCAGAGUGACUGUCAGGUAGAGGAGAGCGCAGCAUGCGCCUCUCCUGCCCGCUUAGUCUUA